AUGGACAAAAUCGAGUAUCGAGCUGUCAUUAAAUAUCUGGUUUUGAAAGGCAAUACGCCUACACAAAUUAAACAUGAGUUUGAUUCUGUGUAUGAGGACUCUGCACCAUCAUUUACCACAGUGAAAUUUUGGGCAGCUGAAUUUAAACGUGGCCGUAAGAGCUUGGGAGACGAUGAACGUUCGGGACGUCCAAAAACUGCAACAACCGACGAUAACAUCGCCAAAGUUCACCAAAUGAUGUUAGACGACCGCCGAAUUAAAGUGAGAAAGAUAGCAGAGGUUAUGAACAUCUCAAAAGAUUAUGUUUGUCACACAUUAAAUCAAGAUUUAGGCAUGAGAAAGCUGUCCGCGCGUUGGGUGCCGCGUUUGCUCACGUUAGACCAAAAGCGUGUUCGUAUGAACAUUUCCAACUCUAUGUUGGCGCAGUUUAGGGUCAAUAAAUCCGAGGUUUGGCGUCUAUUAAUUACUGCAGAUGAAACUUGGAUACACCACUAUACACCAGAAACAAAAAUACAGUCCAAACAGUGGACGGCAGAGGGAGAACCGGCUCCAAAAAAAGCAAAAACUGUUAUUUCGGCUGUUGUGUUCGACUGUUAUUUCGGCAUCUCACACCUCAGCAGCUGCCAUGGCGAAAAUCCACGAAUUACGGUUUGA